UACGGUGGAGAUACCGCAACUGGCAGUUGGGUUUCGUUGGCCGCGGCGCCGCGCCAACUGCGGACUCUGUUGAUUGAUUACGUUGCCGCCGUGGUGAUUUGCAUCGAUCCCAACUGAUCUUCAUCCCCGCAGGAUCAUCCGUCAUGGACGAAGAUGAAUUGAUGUUUGGCGAAGGUGAGGUAAUAAUUCUUACUCAGCUUUUGGAAUCGAAGCCGCCACCGGGCUACCCGGAGGAGGGGAGAUUCCCGCCGCCGCAUGUCGCCGACGGCUUGGCCCAGCCAUCGGCGAUGGGCGGAAGCAUGGAUGCGGCUGCGGCGUCGGUGUUCCCGUACGGAAACGGCGACGGCGACGGCUCGGCCCUUCCACCGGCGAUGUGCAUCGGAUGCUGCCCGGGUUUGAGCAGCCGGGAGGAGGCCGCUCGCUUCGCGCCGCCCAAUGCUCCUCUGGAUUGGGUAAAGGUUGUCGGCGAGAUAUUGGAGGAAAACGCCGGCACCAUGGGGGAUAACGAUCAGUGGAGUCCGGCAGCCGGCGUCGCGCAGCAGGAGUGGCCGGCGCCGCAGCUCCAAGUCCAACCCUCCGUGAUGGACUACGACGUGAUGCCCUGGUCGAACCAAUUCGACGCGAAUCGGAUGGGGAUGAAUCAAACAACCUUCCCGAACCAAUUCCACGCAGGCUUGCUGCAGGGGGCGAAUCAAAGGAUCAUCGACAACUCCGCGGCGGCCACCGACCAAGUCCACAUGCCGCCGUUCGGCUACUACCCACACGAACAAGUCGAGAUGGCGUUGCAGUACUACCCGCACGGCUCUGCGGAGGGCACCGGCUAUCCGCAGCAGCACAUGCUCGACAACGAGGCCAUGGAGAUGGCCGAGCUUCGCCGCGUGGCGUCGGAGUGCGGCGACGAGGCGUCCGUGGUCUGGUCGCCGGAGGAGGAUAGGGUGUUGCUCGACGGCCUUUCUCGGCUCGGAGAUCAAGAUAUCGUCUGCAUGUGCAUCGAAAUUGCGUGCUGUCUUCCGAAAAAGACUGCAAUGGAUGUUGCAAAGCGAAUUCGAUGGGUCCAGAACAAGAACAUAUCUCCUGCCCAAACAGGAGUGAUUUCAAAAGAAUCUAAAGGAAGGACGACUAGAAAGCCCCAAGCAGGAGUGGGUUCGACAGAAUCUGCAAGAAGAAAGGGUAGAAAGGGAAAAGGAAAUGAGGGUCCUAACGUGAAAAGGAAUAAAUAUGUCCCUUCAGAAAGCUUCAAGACUAUUCAGGCUCAAAUCCGAGAUAAUUCUAGGCUUAUGGACCGUAUAGAUGACAAUUUGAAAACAGGCCAGUUGAUGCAUAUUCCAAACAUUUUUAACGACGUGACGACGAACAUGGGUGCUAUAUUGACGAAAAUGAGGGAAAUGGGCAUUAGCACUGAUCAACUCAAAAUAGACGUGGAAGCUCUUGAAGAGGUCACUCAGGGUUUUCCUCCACCGAGUGCAAAUGAUGCGAUAGACUACCUGCCGAUACGUCGUGGACAUGUUUCUAACAGCAUGUGACAAAUACGCACGCAAUUAACUGUUACAAUCUAUGAUGAGCCGUGCUUUGAUCUGUGCACCUAAUUCGAGUUCUACAGAAUUUUAUGUUGAGCAUGGCCAAAGUUCAGUCAUGUCUCGAGAACAUUUUAUUGGUUCAUCAUUUACGUUUUCCUCGCUAGCCAGAACAUUUUGUCGCUUACCAUUGACAGCCUUUGUCGAUCAUUGAACUAUGCAUACUCCUUUAUUUCUAAUCUUUAAUCAAAUUUGGUCGGCCAAAACUGCCGUCCCGGAAAAUUUUGUGAAAAGGUAAUUUGAGCUUAUGCUCAAGCAAUUAUUCAAUUAGAACAGCGAAACAUUUUUUUAUAUGCUCACUUAGUCACUUGUGUUAUAGGCUAUAGCAGGUUGUGAAAAUCUAAUUGAAACACUUUUUGAAUGAUGCGACUAUUGCUUCAUGUUGGCAAAUUCAUUGCAUCAUUCUGUUUUUUUUUUGUGUCUUGUGAUUAAUGUAAAGCCUGGCCCUUCAUUGCAUAAUGAGGAAUGUUUUGUCUGAAGUUUCUGUAUCAAGUUACCUCUAGUCUUA